UAACUGGUUUUUCCAGCCUUUCUCAAUAUACGUCAAACUUAUAGAUUCCAGCACACAUAAAGCAGUAAACUUGCUUUGUGAAAAUUACUCCUCCACCAAGAUCACACAGAUGACUGAUCAUUUAUUUAAAAGCAAGACUUUCUCCUCCGUGUACCAGAAGUAUAUGGUCCCUGUGUCCACUGAGGUCAUUAAUCUGAUUUUCUCAUAUAUGGAAGAGAAGCAGAAAAGUAAACCGUAUGAUACAGCAGUCGAUGUUGGCUGUGGUCCUGGAAGAUAUACUUUGCCUCUAGCACCUUAUUUCAAAAAAGUUAUUGGUGUAGACAUCAGCAAGUCUCAGAUUUGGGAAGCCAAACAAUACUGCACAUUGGAAAAUGUGACUUUCCAGGUGGCUGCUGCUGAGAACUUACCCCUAGAAGAUUCAUCUGUGGACCUUGUGAAUGCAGGGCUUGCUGCUCAUUGGUUCAACAUGGACAAAUUUGUUCAUGAAGCAAUUCGUGUUUUAAAGCCCAACGGCUGUCUGGCACUGCAUGCUUUCGUUCCAAUUUUUAAACUACAAGAUGAUCGUAAUGAUGCUGCGCUAAAUGCCAUUAUGAAGCAGUAUCUGGACAAAGUAUCAGAAUUUAAAUACGAAAUUGAAAAUCUUUUGCAUCACCAGUAUGAAGAGGUCUUCAAUGCUAUACCAUUAAAAGACAAGAAGUGGCAAGUACAUAUGUCAUGUCAAGUUGCUGCGGUGCGCGAAGGAGCUGACCAGGAAUAUUGCAGCUCAGUCACUGCCUCCAUUGACUGCCUUCCCUGCCACCCGGCAACCUUUACAGCCAAGCAGCCCCACUGGACCCCAGAGAAGAUUCCACUCCAGCUCUCUCAAAGGGUUACUGACAUACCCGUUGUAUACGAAAGGUCUAUUGAAGAAAUCAUUGGAUUUUUCCAGUCUGUAUACAUGUAUCAAGAAUUCCUUAAACAUGAUGAAAAUGAAGCCAUUGGAUUCCUGAUGCAUCUUGAACAGAGGUUUCAUGACAUUCUAGGAGAAGGAUCUGAAUCAGCCCUCCUUAAGCUCCAUUGCAAACACUAUUGUGUCCUAGCCUGCAAACCAUCAGGAACCUGGAGAAAUAAUGGGUUGGAGAACUAAAAAAUGCAAAAGAUGGUUUAGCAUGUGUCUACA